CAGACACUGAACAGUCCCAGUGAGGCUCAGGGCGAGCGAGGUCCUCUGGGCGAAAUUGGACCCCCUGGCAGAGAUGGUACGUCUGGCAACAAGGGGCCAGUCGGCCUAACAGGGCCUCCAGGACCAGACGGUGACCGAGGCCCCCAAGGGAGUCCUGGCGAGACCGGAGGGGUUGGGAAGGACGGACGCCCGGGCGCAGAUGGCAUCGACGGGCCGUGUGGCCCACAGGGUUCUGUGGGGCCUACAGGGGACCCUGGAGACGAGGGACCGCCGGGAGAUCAGGGCCACACUGGAGAUCGUGGGGAGCCAGGUGAACAGGGGCCACCAGGAAACAAGGUAUCAAGGAAGCCUUUCCUUCCAUUUCUUACUGUUUGCCAAUACCCUAUUUAA